AUGUUCUACUUGAAACUGCGCCUACCUGAUUUUAACUUACCCGUAUACAAACUCCGCCGUCCGAACAGUGGGUUUUAUGCUCCAGGUUUGCCCAAGCACGCUCACAAAUGGGUUAGUGAAUAUAUUUCAAUUUAUCAUCAUACCGUAUUAGAAGGCUGCGUUGAACGCACACCGUACGUUUCCCUCAUCGCUUUCGUGUUGACCUUUACUGGUUCUGGCCUGAUGUGUGGCACAAAUUACGAGGCGCUGCGGCGGACGGACAUAGUUUUCAACGAAAACUUCUAUCCUGUCCACAGUCCACAGAUCCUACAAAUCAUUGGCAUAGUCUACUCCGUUGUGACUAUGCUAUUUAGCAUCGUGAAUUUCGCCACCGGAACCUGUGCGACGGGAAAAACCAGAGAGCGAGUGUAUGCUCACAAAAAAGCACAAUCUAAUGGGCGAAAUUAUUCACGUUUUCUUCUUAUCACGAAUUACCUCGUCACAUUUACAUGGCUCCUACUAUUUGUGGCCUUUGCUGUCCCUGUCGGAUUGUGGACAAUGUUGCAUACCAUUUGUCGGGAAGAGACAGAGUAUUGGCGAAAUAUCAGCGCUGACAAGGACGAAACACUAUUCACCUACACGUUCAAUUUGACACAUUACGGACUCUAUCGACGACCAAUCGACACCAGCCUUUACAGCGAAUCUAUCAAUUCACCCAGUGUAUUCACCCAUCUUUGUCAGGAGAUUUCCACGGUGGGACCUUUGUUUACCAUCGCUUUGUUCGCAUCGUUUCUCGUCCUAAUCGGUCUGAAUUGUUUCACGGCCUGUCUGUCCAGCUCUGCGGUUAGGUUGGACUUCUCAUCAGAUAUCAACCAAAUGCGUCGCUUCCAAAAGCCCACGGCCGAGGCAGGUGGUUCGGACGAGUAUCCGCUGCAUCCACUAAUGGGUCAGCCCGCAUUCCUACCUAAUUCCAGUAUCGAUACUCAGUCUAACACGUUCGCCUAUAACGACACUGCAUCCACUCUGUUCCCCUCCGGUGUCUUAUCGGACGGCACACUACAACAAGAACUUCCAAGGCGUCAUCCGUUCGUCUCACAGAUAGGUCGAAACUGACAGGUUUCUGCUUCUACCUCAAAGUAUCCGUACUAUUUCCUUUGUUUUCUAAUUUCAUACAUCAUUUUGUACACUAACUGCGCUGUUUCUGCCAGUAGCUUGCGUUUUAUAUGUGUACGGUUUCAACGCCAACCGUUCCUUGUCCUGGACAGUUGUCCAGUCUUUUUCCCAACAUUUAUCGCUUAUUUUUCGUUUUCGCACCAUUCGCAAUGUACCCGUUUGUGUACCCUCAUCGUCCAGACACUUCGUUCAGCCGACUGCACUUCUGUUGCGCUUUGUGGUGGUCUCAGUUAGUCUGG